CCAGCGGCUCGCCUCCUUAAAGGUCUCAGAGGUGAGAGAGGAUGGGAGCGAACAGUUCUUCAAAGCGGCCAGUUUUUGAUGAGAAGGAGGGCGUGACGUUUGACCAUUUUCAAAUACUACGUGCAAUUGGAAAAGGGAGCUUUGGCAAGGUGUGCAUCGUGCAAAAGAGAGACACAGAGAAAAUGUAUGCUAUGAAGUACAUGAAUAAGCAACAGUGCAUCGAGAGAGAUGAGGUUCGAAAUGUAUUCAGGGAGCUGGAGAUCCUGCAGGAAAUUGAACAUGUUUUCUUAGUAAACCUCUGGUACUCCUUCCAGGAUGAAGAAGAUAUGUUCAUGGUGGUUGACCUUCUCUUAGGUGGAGAUCUUCGCUAUCACCUUCAGCAAAAUGUUCAGUUUACGGAGGAUGCAAUGAAACUUUAUAUCUGUGAAAUGGCCUUGGCCUUAGACUAUUUACAGAGUCAACAUAUUAUUCACAGGGACGUCAAGCCUGACAACAUUCUUCUUGAUGAGCAAGGACAUGCACAUCUGACAGACUUCAACAUAGCAACGAUUAUUAAAGAUGGAGAAAGAGCAACCGCUCUCGCUGGAACAAAGCCGUACAUGGCUCCUGAGAUUUUUCAUUCCUUUGUCAAUGGUGGCACUGGAUACUCAUUUGAAGUAGAUUGGUGGUCACUAGGAGUCACCGCAUAUGAACUUCUUCGAGGAUGGAGGCCAUAUGACAUCCAUUCUAGUGUCACAGUUGAAUCCCUGAUUCAGUUAUUCAGUACAGUGAGUGUACAAUACUCCUCUACUUGGACAAAAGAAGUUGUUACAUUGCUAAGAAAGUUACUUACCGUCAAACCUGAACACCGGCUGUCCAGACUUUCAGAUAUUCAAAGCUGCUCUUACUUAUCUGACGUCAGUUGGGAUGCUGUCUAUGAGAAGAAGAUGGAACCUGGUUUUGUUCCAAAUAAAGGUCGGCUGCACUGUGACCCCACAUUUGAACUAGAAGAAAUGAUUCUAGAGUCAAGGCCACUGCACAAAAAGAAGAAAAGGCUGGCAAAGAACAAAUCCAGGGACAACAGCAAGGAUAGCUCCCAGUCAGAUAAUGAGUAUCUCCAGGAGUGUUUAGAAGUAGUGAGACAAGAGUUUAUGGUCUUCAACAGAGAAAAGUUAAAAAAGAGGCCAGAAGAACCAACUGCGUCUGCAUCAAUGGUUGAAGCAGAAGCAAAACCAGAAGCAGUUGCUGAAGAUGAGGGUGAAAGUGGAAAUCUGCACAUGUGUAGUUCAGUGUGUUCUUCAACAAGUAGCAGCUAGGACUAAAAGGUCAGGCUGCUCUUUCCAUCUGUCUUAAUGUUUCUCAGGCUGCUUCAC